AUGGGUAUUAGGUAUGCACAAAGCCUCUCUUUAGUUGUAAUUACGAGUUGCAUGCUGCUGGCAGCACCGAGUUGGGGCAAUCCUGGGGCGAGAUGGCCUCCCCAAACUGGCUUCUCUCCCAGACCAUGGACGCCUCGGCAAGUUCGAGAACCCAGAAGAAUCAUCGUGGGCGGCGGAUCCUCCAAAUGGACUUUCGGCGUCAACUACACGGAUUGGGCCAUAAAGAAUGGUCCCUUCUACAUCAACGACACCCUCGUAUUCCAGUACGAUCCGCCGACGGCGCAGAGCCAUCCUCACAACGUGAUACUAUUUUGGGACUGGUGGAGUUUCAUGAGUUGCAACGUGUCAAAUGCGUUUGUGGUGGGGAGCGAGACCCAAGGUGCCGGAGCCGGCUUCGAGUUGAAGCUCACGUGGCCCUGGUACCUGAUUGGCUGCGGUGAACGAGCUGGCUACCACUGCACCGCUGGCAUGAUGAAGCUCCCUGUCUGGCCUUUCCCCAACUGGAAAUAG